UUACUGAAUCAGCAAUCUACACCUUCCAAAUUGUUUCACUCUCUUUCUGCCAUUAGAGAACUCGGAAAGGUUAGUUGAAUUACAGAUUGAUCAAAUGAUCGUUAACUUUGUUCAGCCUUUUCUCAAGAACCCAGCUUUCCUUGUUCCUUCGUCAUCGUUCCAAUCGAAAUUAUCCGGGUCAUUCCGACACGUCGAGUUUCAUGGAAACAGAAGAUAUUUGGGGAAGAACAUGAAAGACAGUCGUCGGAUCAUCUGUGGUGGGUUCUUACCUGUUGAUCCAUGGGCACCCAGCAUUGAUUCACAGAGCAUAGCGUCACAGCUCUUUGCAUUCUCCAUCUUCCCUUACGCCGGCUUCCUCUACUUCCUCACCAAAUCCAACACUGCCCCAAAGCUCACCCUCUUCGGCUUUUAUUUCCUGCUCGCCUUUGUAGGCGCCACAAUUCCUGCUGGAAUAUACGCAAAGGUGCAUUACGGGACAUCCUUAUCAAAUGUAGACUGGCUGCACGGCGGAGCUGAAUCGCUUCUCACCCUUACCAAUUUAUUCAUUGUAUUAGGACUAAUGGGAGCUCUUAGGAAACUCAAGGAUGCAAAGGUGUCAGAUUCCGCCAUUGUUGAAGAUGAGAAGAAGAACCCACCUUUGUAGAUUCCUUUUCUUUCUUUUUUUAAAUGCAUUGUAUAUUGUCAAGAGUGAAGGAAGACACACAUAUUAUGCUUACUUUUGAAAGAAGAAAAACCUCAAUUCAAGGUAAUAUAAUUGAUUUCUAAUACCAAUUACAAUUAUUAGC